AGCCCUGCACAGUCUUCCCAGAGGCCAGUCAGAGGCUGAGGGAGGAGGCCGGGCUGAGGCCACCCUGGACAUUCGAGGCUUUUGUGGUGACAGGGAAGGGCGCAGGGACGCCUAGCUCUCUCUGCUGGACUUCGAGGCUCAGACCACCAGUCCCCAUGGCUCCUUGUCACAUCCGUAGAUAUCAGGAGAGCGACCGCCCAUGGGUCCUGGGCUUGUUCUCCAAGGGCGCAGCAGAAUAUGCCCCCACCACCUUCCGCCACAUCCUGAAGCUGCCGCGGACUCUCCUGCUCUUGCUUGGGGGGCCCCUCGCCCUGUUUGUGGUCUCUGGAUCCUGGCUCCUGGCCCUCAUGGCCGGCCUCACCCUCCUGGCUGCCCUGAGGUUCCUGGCCAAAUACCCCUGGACCCAGUAUGUGUCCAACUGUUUGCGCACAGACAUGCGUGACAUCAGCAAAACCUACUUGAGUGAGCCAGGCUCCUGCUUCUGGGUGGCUGAGUGUGAGGGGCAGGUGGUGGGCACGGUGGGAGCUCUGCCCGUUGGGGAGUCCACCCUGCGGAAGGAGCAGGUGGAGCUGUUUCACUUAAGCGUGGCCUGGGAGCACCGGGGCCAGGGGAUAGCGAAAGCCCUGGUCAGGACCGUCCUGCAGUUUGCGCGGGACCAGGGCUACCGUGAGGUUGUCCUCAGCACCAGCAUGCUGCAGUACUCCGCCCUGGCCCUCUACCAGCGCCUCGGCUUCCGCAAGACCGGCCAGCACUUCUUUACCAAAAGCUGGGAGCUAAUUGUUGUUCCUGCAUUUGAAUUAACCUAUCGGCUCCCCUCUGCUCAUGCGUCUCAGGCGCCAGGGCAGAGACAGGGCCUGUGAUCUGUGUCC